AUGUGCUUCUGGGGCAUCGUCAUGUUCACCAUGUGGUUCGGCAUGAACUCAGAUCGCGACAAUGUACACCCCUUAAUCACCCAGAUGAUUCCCGCCGGCCACUGUAACUGCCAAACCUCGACGACGUUCCAAUGCGCCGACUGUCUAACCUGUCUGGCGUCUUCGGCCCCGACCCCUGUUGAAAACGAGCACCAACAGCAGCAGCAGUCUACCUUGUUGACGUGGAGAUUCGAGUAUGGCCGCGACGAUCGCAACGUGGGUCUGGGGCGGGAACAGUGCCACAUUGCUUUCCCGGGUUUGUUUCAGGAUAUCGUCCGUGCUGGAGAUUACUGGCGCGCACAGGGAGGGAUUACGAAGGAGGAUUUGGAUGCUGUUUCACUGGAGCCGGGGAUGGCACGCGCGAUUAUCCAACAUGGAGAGUUGUAUAUUGUGGCUGCGCGGGCCAAGAAUGAGGACCACCGUCGCAAGAUUUUAGCGGCGCUGUCGUCAAUGCACCGCGCGUUAACAGCCAGUCCGGAACGCGCAACCGAUACAAUCGAGUUCAUUUUCUCGGUCGAAGAUCGCGUUGACGAUGUCUACGGUGGCAGCCAUCCAAUCUGGGUGCUUGCGCGAAAAGCCUCUGAACAAUCCGCGUGGUUAAUGCCUGAUUUCGGUUUCUGGGCCUGGGAGCACUGGAAGCAGCAUAUUGGGCCGUAUUCGCAGGCCGUUGAUCGGGUGCGAGAUAUGGAAUCUCAGCUGGGCUUUGAAGAUAAAGAGAAGAAGCUGGUGUGGCGGGGCAAGUUGAGUUUUGCGCCGAAGUUGAGACGGGCGUUACUCGAUACGGCGCGGAAUGAGACUUGGAGCGAUGUCAAGGCGUUGGACUGGAGCAAUAAGGAGAAUUGCAUGUCGCUGGAGGAUCAUUGUCGGUAUAAGUUUAUUGCGCAUGCUGAAGGUCGCUCCUAUUCAGGCUCGCUCAAAUACCGACAAGCCUGUCGCUCCGUCGUGCUCGCGCAUAAACUCCAAUUCAUCCAACACUACCACUACCUCCUGGUCUCGUCUGGACCACAACAAAACUACGUCGAAGUCGAGCGCGAUUUUUCCGAUCUUCCCAGCAAAAUGAACAACCUACUCCAGAACCCCGGGGCUGCUGAGCACAUCGCCGAUAACAACGUGCGCACGUUCCGGGAGCGAUACCUGACACCGGCAGCUGAGGCGUGCUACUGGCGCGCAUUAUGGGAUGGAUAUAAGCAGGUGUCGAAUGCGACGGAUUCGCUGUCGAGGAUGGGAAAGCCGGUUGUGGAAAGAGGAUUGCGGUUUGAGUCUUUUUCGUUGCUGGAAAGCAGCGAGAUGAUGAAUUAUUACCACGUUCAUCAGUUAUGA